AUGCCAGCUGCAGAAACACUCGAAGGCUCUUUCUCAAUGGACGAACAAGAUUUACCCGCAGAUGCAACAAGCUUUUUCCCUUUAUUGUUACAAGCUCAAGACUUGAUAAGCAAACUAGAAAGCAGAGUAUUGGAGUUAGAAAACGACCUUGAGACUAUAAAUGAAUCACAUGAACAAGAACGUGAUCAACUUUUACAAGAAAUUGGUGAAAAGGACGAAUAUAUUCAUGGCUUGAAAACCAAAAUGAGUCGUCUUGAAUUCGGUGCACGAGAAGCCAUCGUCGUUCUAGCAAGGACUGUCGAUACGCUCAAAGCACAAGCCGUCGAAGAUGACGAUAGUGACAGCAAAGAUGAUGACGACGCUACCGCCGUCGAGUCUACCGAUUUGGAAGGACAAUUUAUGGACAGUAUAAAACUAUGUUUGAAUUAUCUGAAAAACGCACAGAAUAACAGCAAAGUCCCGCAAUCUAACAAAUCCAAGCGAUAUCAAGAAAAGAUAAUUCACCACGAAAUCGAACGAAGAAAGACCUUGACCCCUCCCCCGACAAUAGUCCGACGAGACUCCAAGGUUUCACGUCCCGAUGUCGAUGAAACGCCCAAUGAUGACGACAAUGAUCACAAUACGUCGGACGAAUCUCGUGACCAGGUUCAUGGUCUUCGACCUAAAUAUAAUAAUAAUAGCCGCGACAGUGAUUCUGCAUUGCGGAGUCGAGCACAGUCCUUCAGCAGUCAUAUCACAUUGGAUGACAUUAGUUUAGACGGCUACGAACUGGACGGGGACGAGGACAUUGCCAACUUUAAUUUAUCUGACGAUGAAGACAACCAUGAAUAUGUUUCACACGAAGCAAACAAACCACUUGAUCGUCGAAUAGAUGUUCCGCCGCAUCGACAAGAUACGGCCGAGACAAUCGCACCGUCCGCAGACGACAACGAUCAUAAUGUUACUGGGUCUAACAUAUCGCACGCUAUUCUCGAAGAGCCAGAAGAAAUCGUUGACAUUGACGAUCUAGAAGAGAUUGUUGCAUCAGACGACGAACAUGAUCAUGAAGAAUCUGACGAAGACGAAAAUGAGGUUACCAGACUGCCCCCGUUGGAGCCAAUUCCAGACAUUACAAUCUCAAGCUCAUGUCCCAGCUGCGCAACUUUGCUUGCACAACUCGACCAACAUAUCGAAGAACGAGCAUAUCUCAAGCGCGAUCUUGCAGCAAUGGCUACUGAUCUUGCCGAGGAGCAGAACCUUCGCACUCAAAUCCAAUCCUCCAAGGAAAGUCUAGAACAAGAGAUAGACGACUGGAUUAAUGCGAUGUUCGAAAAAGUCAACCAGAUGGUCUAUGACGAAGCCAAUGCGCGAGAAGAGUUGGAGAUUCUAAACAGAGAAUUCAAGGGUAGAAUGGAGCCGUCCCUAAAGUCUUCACACUCGAGAGAAGAUCGUCUACGAGAGAUGAAGUUGCUGUUGGUACACUUUGAUUCUACCAAACAACGGCAAGCGGCACCAACACCCUCUGGCGCAAAUCUGUACUCGCGAAACUCUAUCGCUAGAAGGAGUUUGAUGACAGCAUCACCUUUCAACAGUCCUCGUGCUAGUCGCACCUUUGGUCACAUGUCACCUAGUCUAUUUUCAGAAGAAUUCAUGUUCGCCAAGACCAAAAAAGUCUAUGUCGACGGACUUUACUUUGAAGAGUUCCAAGAGUAUGUCAAAUCGUUUGGUCAUAAUCCUUCAUCCAAGGAUCUCAAUCUCAACUCCCCGUUCAUGAAACGCUGCUUGCAAGAAGACAUACAGCCUUGUUUAUUCGAAGGCAAGUCUGGCUGGAAAUCGCCAUUCUAUAAACGUCGUCUCCUGGAAGCCAUCAUGAAGAACCAAUGCGAAAUACAACCCAUCAACUAUAGUGCAGCCAAUUCGGUACCAAGUACGCCAACCACAAGCCAAAACUCUAUGCCAUCUCCGCGUACAGGCUUCCAUGAACCGCCAGCGUCGCCAAAAGUCAAGUGCGGUCUAUGCGGACAACUCCGUAGCUGUGAGUUCCGAAUGCGACUCUCUGGACCAGAUGCAGCCGUUCCUCCGAGUACGACCGCGUUGGCUUCCUCUUCCAAUGCCGCAUCCAGGUUUUCAAUAUCUGGACGGCCGACUUGGAUGCCCUUGGAUCGAUUCUGUCGCGAUAAAGUGGUCGCGGUUUGCGACUUUUAUGCCUACAUUUCUCACUUGCGCCAGGGACUGCUUGCUAAUUCGCCUAUUUGGGGAAUGUACAAGCAUUGUCUGAAAAUCAGGAGAAAGAUAGGAUUGGCACGUGUUGGAAGCAUCAGCAUGCGUGAAGAAGAUGAGGUUAACGACCUGGAUAAUUCCGAAUUGGAGGGAAUGGUAAUGUUGGUUCAUUAA